CGAAACCGCAAAAACCGCAAAAGCCGCAAAGCCCGUGAUGGACAAUGGAAAAGGUUCCCACGAUCGACUCAGUGAAGGUGGUUCGGCAAAAUGUGUGUCGGACGAUGCAAAAUUCCCAUGGUCGUUCCCGUCGACAUAAUGACCGGGAUUAUCGGUAAAUUAUAUGUUCGGUUAUCAGGUCUUCAAGGACGGAUGGCAAACCAUCUCCACCCUCUACUUGAAGAGCAUAAAUGCGACUGUGACGAUCAUGAUGACAUGCUAACCUGGGUGAACGAGGCUGCUCCUUCUGGGCGUCAAUCCGUCGAAGACAUUGCUCUCUGCAUGCUCAACGUUAAUUUUACUGCACUACAUACGACUGCUAUGACGUUUACGCAUGUGGUCUUACACCUUGCCUCGAAGCCAGAAUACAUCGACAUUUUACGAUCCGAGAUAGAGGAUGCUGCAAACGGUAAUCCCCUUGACCAGGCUGCUUUGGAACGCUGCUGGAAGUUGGACUCGUUUCUGAAGGAAAGUCAGCGUUUGAAUGGUCUAGGCGCCCGGGAGCCUGUUCCCGCUUUAUGACGUCGUAUAUUAUCCUUUGACAUGGUUGUAUCCAGUUUCCCUUCCUCACUUGACAGUGACCCAGUACACCUUCGCAGAUGGAACUACCCUUCCAGCGG